AUGCCCGUUGUCUCUCAACUCUUUACGGCCUUGAACGGCACCUACCGCUUCGACGGCAACGGCAACGGCACCGUCACAUCUCCAGGCUCCUACGAACAGCCGAUCGAAGGCAGGGUUCUUUGGUGGAAGGAGGCAACAUACCUAAUCCUGGGGGUUAUAACCUGCGCCACCGGCGUGUACUUGUGUGUGGUGAAAUGCAAGGAUCGUAGAGUUAAGAAGAUUUCCCGCACUGCGCCCGGUACAGCCCUUCUGUCCGAUGCUCCAGGUGCCUUGGGGGAUGUCCACGAGAUGGAUGCAUUCAACGACCCGCCACCUCGCUAUGAAGUGGCAGCGUCCGACCCGCCGCCCCACUAUGAAGCGCCAGACGCUGCCAUCGAACCACAGCAGGAGCGUUACGAACCGAACGAGUCUGACCUCUAG